CGCCGCUGUGCUCCUGCUCGUCCGAGCGACCCUCGCUCCGGCUUGGAGACAUGGCCCACACUGACAGGACCUGCUGGCCUGCACGGUGCGAGACCAGAGAGCCAGCAUUAUACCAUGCCGGGUCGGUCGUAUCUGUGAAGGUCUAUAAACGGCUCGUAGGGGGUUCGCGAUAGCCGUGGGGGGCUCAAUUAGCGUGUCGGGAAUAUUUUUUGAGAGGCUCCGAGGACCUUCGUUAUGCCCAGCAGUUAUUGCCAACCUUCUGCGUUUAGCGCGCCAAGCGAGGGACGCCGCUUUAACUUAUCAUGAGCUGGAUAUCAGGACAGCGAUUUGGGUGGAACUGCGUUGUUUCCGCGAUAAUACGAACACAAGUCAGUUUAAACUCCUCCGGAAGACCUCUUGAUUUUUGAAGACAUGCUUUCUCUUACCCUGACUGCUGAUCUCUCCGGAGUGACCGAUUUGCGCCCCGAUGAUACUCCAGAGGAUCCCUUCUGGUACACGUUUAAGGUGCAAUGUACAUCCUGCAGGGAAGUUCACCCUAACUGGGUCAACGUGAGCCGAUUUGAAAUGAACGAGAUGAGCGGCAGCAGAGGCGAGGCCAACUUCGUCUGGAGGUGUAAAAUGUGCAAGAGAGAGUCUUCGGCGACAAUCAUGGCACCACCAAUUUCAUAUCAGCAGUCCUCGCCUCCAAAGGCCCAGAAGGUCAUUGGUUUUGACUGCAGAGGUCUUGAGUUUAUAGAUUUCAAACCUGAGGGAGAUUGGCUGGCCACGGGAAUCGAUUCGGGAACCAAGUUUGAGGCUAUCAACUUCGAGGAGGGAGAUUGGUACGAGUAUGAUGAGAAGGCAGGAGAUGAGGUUAGCAUUAAGGAUUUGAAGUGGGAGAUCAAGAAGGCUUGAUGGGCUGUAGUAGCAAUUGCAAUUAAACCAAACUUUUCCGCAAUGUUGUUUUUAAAUUGAUAUUCAUGUAAAAUAAUUUAAAUUUGGA